AUGAGCACAUCGACUCCCCGCCUGCGGUCUGGGUUCCCAGCUACCCCAGCUACCGCUGCUCGACGACACAACAAUCCACAGACUCCUAGCUCAGCAGGCUCACCGUCACACGGAAGGGGUUCUUCAGCGAGGUCACCUUCUCUCCCUCUUGCACCUGAGAAGACGCAGCCCCAGGGCGCCGUUAGCCAGCCUGUCAUUCCUCUGACCGUUCUCGAUGCCCCCCAACAACGUCUUUAUGCAUUUGGCGUCUACGUCUUGUUGUGGGCUUGGAAGUUCUAUGACUGGCUUCAGGUGGUUGAAGAUGGCGACUAUUCCUGGCUCCUCUUCCUGAAAUGGAUCUUUAUCGACUUUGUCUUCCUAUUUGGUGUACCAGAAUUGAGGAUACCUUGGCUUGAGCUCUCCCAACCUGUUGUUAUCGGCAUGUUUAUCUUACAGAUGGCAUUCAACUACAUGCUCAUGUUUAAUAUUCCUAUCCCACUGCAUUCGUGGCUACUCGGCUUCUUCAAAGUUCUUUACGACCGUGAAUUAUCAGUUUCCGAGCAUAAUGUCAAAGUCUCGACUAUUCUCAACAACCAUUCCCUCAUCAUGGGAAAACAGAUUAUCAACAUCUUGCCUGAAGGUUCUGCAAUCCUCAAUCCCGAAGCAGCUCCGUUCUGUCUGGGCGCAAAGCCAAAGAACAUCGCAUCUCUGCCUAUCUACUUUAAUGCCACCAUCCCGGCCGAAAUCGAGCUGGUUCGUAUUGACCUCGAAACGAACAAGGAAGAAAUAAUCAAGAUUUCGAACCGGGAGGUCAACAGGGUAGCCAAGCAAAUUCGAGAACAUACCGCCGAUCAGACUACGUCCGGUUUUCAGUGGGACUAUCCGGUUAAGAAACCGGGUGUCUAUCGACUUGGACGGGUUUUGGACGAGUACAAGCUAGAGGUUCAGCGCGCCACCAGGGAUACAUAUCGCUGUAUUCAAGAGCUGUCUGAUCUCUCCCUCGACGUCUACGGGACUCCUCCUCUCAAGAUUGUGUACAGUCGUACGAUCAAUGGCAAAGAUCACAGCUUCCACUUCCAGAGUCUCCAGCCUGAUGGAUUCUCGUCACCUCUUCUUACGGCUUCUUCCAAUCUUGUUCUGGAGAGCCAGGAUGAUGUAUCUUGGGUGCGGCCUUCCAAGGUGACUGUUGGUCUUAACGAGUCUAUGACUUCUGCUGGAGAGUGGGAGUACUCGAUUGAUGAGGUCCGCGAUGCCUUCGACAAUAUUGUCAAAUACGCCGAUUUGGAAGAGGAUGAAAAGGCCCGCUCAAAGGGUCUCAAGUACGGCUUCAAAGUCAAGGAGCGACCUAGAGCGAGCAUGAAUGGUUGCGACCUGCGUAAUCCCUUCAAGGUUGCCAAAGGCCGUUCCGUCAGGCUUCCGGUAGACUUCUCUCUGACCGGCUCGAAAGAUGAUACAUCCCACGAGGUCACGUGGGAGUUCUCACCCAUCAACUCGCUCACCAACAGUGGUGAGCAUGGCGAUCAGGUCUCAAUCGGAAACUACAACGCCAAGAACGCAUUGGAUAAGCCAUUUGUUUCGGAGCCAGGUCUCUACACUCUAAAGACCGUGUCAAGCGGAUCUUGCAAGGGUGAGGUCAAAGAGCCGUCUUCAUGCCUUCUCCUGAACCCAUUGGAGCCUUCGCUCUCGAUUCGCUCAGAGGAGAUCCCCGAUAAAUGUGCAGGUAACUCCAUUGGACUGCGGGUGGACCUGGAUCUCGUUGGAACACCGCCAUUUGUUGUCCGGUACGACAUCGUUACCAGUGACGGGCAUAUUGAGAAGCAGUCUCACCGCGUCUCUGGUCUGCGAUCUCAGCUGGAGCUGGUGCCCAAGAUGGCAGGUCACCACAAAUACGUCUUCAAGUCCAUUGAUGACGCUGUUUAUGACAACCUGCUUCUCACCGGCGAAGACAAGGUUUUGGAACAGGUCGUGAAGCCUGCCGCCUCGGCCAAAAUCGCAAGUACCACCGGUGUUAUCAAUGCUUGUCUUGACUCGGAAGUUGAACUUGAUGUCCUCCUUUAUGGUGAGGCUCCCUUCAAUCUGGAAUGGGAGAUCGUUCAUGAUGGUAAACGCAAGUCUGAGCGUGUCACCGGUCUUCAAGAGAAUAGCUUCAGGAUCAAGACCAACACCCUCCGUAAGGGAGGAGAGUAUAUUCUUGCGUUGAGCAGUGUCCAAGAUAAGCGAGGCUGUAAAACUUUCCUUCAGGACCAAGUCAAGAUCGCUGUACGACGCCAGCAACCAAGAGCCGCCUUUGGUUUUGUCGAGCAUAAGCAGAAGAUCAUGGCUGUGGAAGAUACUCACCUACGACUGCCCCUCCGUCUCGAAGGAGAACCUCCUUUCGAGAUCAGCUACAGGAACCUCAACGGUAAUGGCGAAGUGUUGACCAAGCGCGCCAACAACGCCAACGACAACCUGCUUGUCAAGUCGCAGGGCGUCUAUGAAUUGGUGGAUGUGCGAGAUAGCCAGUGCCCUGGGUCUGUCGUGCCAACAGCAUCCCAAUUCGAGGUGGGCUGGUUCCCUAGACCAGAGAUCUCGAUCGUGGAGUCUCCCAGCAUCACUUCAGACGGCAACACCUUGGUCAAGCAAGACAUAUGUGAAGGAGAUAUUGACGGCUUCGAAGUCAAUCUCAAAGGAUCACCUCCUUAUCAUGUCGAAUAUGAGGUCACUCACAAGUCAUUCCAAGGCGCAAAGGCAUUCACGCGGAAGGAUUUCGACGCCGCCCUCGCCAAGGCAGCCAUUUCUAUGGACACCACCAAGGCUGGUGACUACACCUACAAGUUCUCUGCUCUUGCCGAUAAUCUCUACAACAGCGAUAAGAACUUCAGUCCUCUUACUGUUGCACAGCGCGUGAAUGCCAAGCCUGCUGCCGGGUUUACAAAGCCAGGUCAGUCGUUCAAGUAUUGCAUGGAAGAGCAAGAACACGAGGACAAGAUCCCGAUCAAGCUUACGGGAGUUGCUCCCUUUUAUGUCGAGGUUGAGAUCAAGCACCAAGCUGGCUCACCUGCCGAGACGUAUCGAAUUCCGUCGAUCGACUCAAACACGUAUGGUAUCAGAAUUCCUCGUCAGCACCUCCGUCUUGGAGCCCAGCAGGUUCGCAUUCGUACUGUUAGAGACGCUCGAGGCUGCCAGCGCAAGUACGAGAUUGGAGGGCCCUCGGUGCAAAUCCACCUCUACGAGGCGCCAUCCAUCUACCCUCUCGAGUCUCGACGCGACUAUUGCGUUGGCGAGCGUAUUGCAUAUACGCUAUCUGGUACACCUCCGUUCGACAUCUCAUACGACUUCAACGGCCGAUGGAAUGCUAAGUCGCAAACGACCAACUUCCGCCGUAUUGCGGAGAAGCCUGGCGAUUUCAUCAUCACUAGCAUCUCGGACAAGGCCAGCGAGUGCCGUGCUGCGGUAAACAUCCCCAAGACUAUCCACCCGCUGCCCAGUGUUCAGAUCAGCCGUGGUAAGCAAUCCCGCGUGGACAUACACGAAGGCAACGAGGUGGAUAUUCUGUUUGAGUUCUGGGGCACGCCGCCAUUCGAGUUCACCUACACACGCAGCUCCAACGCCAAGAAGGGCCAACGCAGUGUUGUCCUCGAAACAAGGCAUGAUGUGUCUUAUGAACACAGCAAGGUGGUCAAGGCGAGCCAGGAGGGUACGUACGAGGUUGUUGCAAUUAAGGACAAGUUCUGCUCGUUCUCGACUCAGCAGGUGGAGAAAAAACAAAGAAGCUAG